CGCCACCCCACUGUUAAGUUUUUGUGGUUGGUGGCUAAAGUAUUGCCAAAUUUCCUAGCUGAAUUAAACUAAAGUUUGUAUCAAACAAAACAAAUGGCCAUGGCGAAUGUGGAUAAGGGAGAACUUAUGGACCAGGUGAAGCAACAGAUUGCCGUUGCGAAUGCCCAGGAAUUGCUCAACCAAAUGACGCAGAAGUGCUUUAAAAAGUGUGUCAAUAAGCCGGGAACCUCGCUCGAUUCGUCGGAACAGAAAUGCAUUUCCAUGUGCAUGGACCGGUUUAUGGACUCGUGGAACCUCAUCUCGCGGACGUACGGUCAAAGAUUACAACGUGAACAAUCCAAUUUCUAGAGACAAACAUUGGCUUCUGCAUUUUGGUGCAGAUCGGGACUAACUACAUCUGCCAGCUAUUGAUUAGUUGUAAUAUAUACAGUUUAAUAAUGCAAUAAAAACAUGCAUUACGUGUGUUACGUGAUUCUGAUAA